AUGUUUGCAGCACAAGAACUCAGCACUUUUGACGAGACACUCGCCAUAUGGGUGGCCGAACCCCAUGCUACCAAGGUAUCUGUGAAUGACUUAGGACUUGAGCACCAAGAAGCGUUGAGAGAAAUUUUAACAAAAGUGAUUGCCACGGAAAUAGCCAAAGAGACCUAUGCGCAAAUCAUCGAGGGUCUGCCACUUCUUAGAGUGUUCGAAGAUUGUUUCAAUGUCACCAAGCGGGAAGACCUCACCGCCCAUGGACAUUUAAGCUCGGAUUCGAUUGCGAUUCUGAAGAAGUUCAAGGGCAAUUUCAACUUCGACAUCUUACAAUUCGAUGCUAAGACUGCACGAGCAUAUCAAAACACCACUUUCGACUUAAGAGAGUUUAAACUACGCCUAUUAGAAAUGAUCGCAGUGGCUUGCCACAAAAUCGCAGCACUCCUAUACAAAGAGGUGAAAGGCGACGCGAUACCGACAGAGCGAAUCCUGUAUCAACCACCACCCAUCACAUAUCCACCCAGCUACGACGGCACAUUGAGGAAACCUGUAGCCCGUUCCCCUUAUCUCGUCCUUCCAACCGAUUUCUACCACAUGUCGUAUCAAGCGAUGGAACAGUACCCUGACGGCAUCGCAGACGUCGUCGGAUACUGGGCCGAGCUGCGGAUUUUGGGGGCGUGGUGGUGUUUGAUAGGGGGGAGAGUAGAGAAGAGGUUCUGCAAAGACGCGUUUCUCCACCCGCAACCCCACCAGCGCAUGAUGCACCAGCUCCACGACCACCAAAUCGACCAACUUGUCAACUUUGAGUCUGUCAAAAAGGAAAGCGCCUUGGAUGGCGUAGAAAUAAUCUUACCGCCUCUCCCGUUUCAAAAUGAGCGCUAUUCGAGACGGUUAGACGAGUGGGAUGCCUUAGACCAAAACAUCUUUAGGGAUAUGCAUGAGCGGAGGUGGGAUGCUCCACCUCCUCAACGUUGUGUCAGGUCAGGCGAAGAUGUUCCAGAACUUCAAGACGCUAUCCAGAAAUUACGUAGCGAAGGCCAAUUAUAG